AUGUGGUGUAACCAAACCCUUCAAGUCCUCCAAGACUCUUCCUUGGCCGCCGCCAUCUGUUCCGUCUCAGAGAGCAGUGAACAAUGUACGGCUAUUUGCCCCAAUCCGGACCUGUCAGGAAUAGGCGUUCGCGUCGCUUUCUAUCUCCAGAGUUUCUUGAACACUCUCUUGGUCAUUUUCUCGCGUACGGAUUCGGUGCCCAGCACUUGGGCCGCUACGCUCCUCACCGGCGCGCUCGUCAUUGCGGCCAUAGUCCAGAAAGUCAACGGGACGAUCACGCUGCAUCAUGCCAUUCUGACCAUGAAUUUUGCCACCAUCUCUUGCAUCGGCUCUCUCGCGGUCGCCCCCACCUUGUCCAUCUGGCGGCUCACCCCGAAAGAGUACUACAAGCAACAGCUGUCCCGAGACGUGCUCGAAGACGACGAUGCGGACGCCCAACAGCGCAUGAUUGGACAGGCAGUUGAAGAGAUCACUGUCCGGCACCGGAAGCGCAUCGCGCGCGCCCAAAGUCGACAGCGCGUCAUCCUCGCCCUCGCGCUCCUCACCCAGGUCGUCCUCCAGUGGGCGUGGGGCAUCGUGCUCUUCGUGUCGCCGUCGUACAGCCAGAGGAACUGCUCGGGGGAGACGCGCCUCGUCUUCUUCGUCGCCGCGACCUUCACCGCGCAGGACCUCAACGACCACAUGGGAAUCUGGGUCACUUGGUUGCUGUUCUCUCUCGGAAUCACAAUGUUCAUGACCAUCAUGCUCGCGCUGAGCAGUCCCACCCGUGCUCGCCCGUCACCCGCGUCUUCCAUCGCGACGUUCAGGUCGACGUCCACUGGGCCAACGCACACGCCGGUGUACAGACAAGUCCUCGAAGGCGUGUGGAGGUCAAUACCGACGUGGCAUGACAAGUCUGCCCAGAAGAUCUUCUGGUACAACGUUCUCUCCGUUUUCCUAUGGCUGGCCUACAUCAUAGCGACCGAGCGACAGAUCCAAGAGAACUGCCUGUUCCAGGGCGAGAACGUCAUCAGCAGCUUCGGCCAGAUCACCGCUCUCCUCCUCUCGCUCGCCCCAAUCUGGUCGCUCACCGUCGCGCUCUACAAGUGGCCCGCGCUCCAGCGCCGCCUCGAGCGCCAGCGACGGCGCGAGCUCCUCCGGCGGCACUCCCUCCCCACCAUCGUCCUCCCCAUCACCACGGUCGCCGCCCCCGGCUUCGGAGCCCCUGACAUCGGGCUCGACCAAGGACACCUCUCCCCGCACGCCUCCCCCGACUGCGACGGGGACGGCGGGGCUUCGAGCGCGCGAACGAGCACGAGCGACCUGAGCGCCGCGCCGUCCAGUCCCCCUGGCGUGGUCAUCCCGCCGCCCACGGGCACGGUCGGCGCGCACGGGGACCGCGAGCGUGCACGCGCGCCGCGGCGCCGCGGCCCUCGACGGCGGCACGCGGUCGCGCCCACGCUGGACGUGGUGCUCCCGCGCACGCCGACGUUCGAGUGGCGGGAGAUGGAGACGUUCCCCGGUCCGUCCCGCUGA